AAUUUCAGAGGCAAUGUUAAAAAGCUGCGUUUGUAUAUGUUGUACGACUUAGUUCUUAAAGAAAAAGACAUUGUAAAGUAAAAAUGUUGGUACACCUGAAUAGAAAGCGCCUUACGAAUAUUCUGGUAACAAGUCAAGGUUUCAUACAUGAGCAUUAUGAAAGCUUUGAGAUGAGAAAACAAAUUGUCCAAAUAAAAACUUCUGUUGAUACUUGUAUUCCCCUGAAUAUCAGAGUUUCUUACCAGUAGGAAUGUCUACCUUAAUAUUGAAAAAAUUAUAUGUUUCAUGUAAUACAAUUAACGUUCACAUGAUUCAUUUACGUGUUUCAACGGUUGUGGUGACCAUAAAUCAACAUAUCAUUUGUCUGCUAAAAAAGUAUUACAAUUUUUGAUUCUUAAAACCACCACAUUUGUUUUUGUUGUAGAAUAUGAAUUCUUUGCUCUCGUAACAUGGUUUAUGAAAGGCAAUUUUUAAUUUUUUUUAAAUUAAACGCAGAAAUCGAUACCUUGACACGUCACGUCUUAACUGUGACAGAUCUGCCAAUUGUGCACAUUCGUUUAAGGUCUCAGUAACAAAAGUUUUGAAAGAUGGACUCCAACAUCGAGUAUGAAACGACAACAUUAUAUGAUCGGCAAAUUCGAUUAUGGGGAAUGGAAGCACAACAAAAGAUGAGUUCCUUACAUGUACUCUUUAUAGGCUGUACAUGUGCGAAUGUUGAGGCUGCGAAGAAUUUAGUGUUAUCAGGUGUCAAUGUAUCUCUGACAACAGGGGAUAUUUCAGAAAAAUAUAAAAUCCUCACUAGGUCUCAUAUGUUUUUAAAUUCAUUAGUAACAUACGAGGAAAAACUUCAACUACCAGAAACAGAUGUCGAUACUAUUACAUAUCUUACUGUAAACGCUCUGAAAAAUUUAAAUCCUUUGACAAGAAUAUCUUUUUUAAGUGGGGAGGAAUGGAAAAAAAUGGUAGCGGAAUACCCAAAAAAUACCCAAUCAUUAAAAGAGUAUGAUAUUCUCGUUAUUGAUAGGAUGUGUGUCUCAAAUACUAAUGAAGAUCUUUUAAAUGAAGCCUGUCGAGAUUCUAAGAAAGGUCUUUUCUUUUGUCAUUCUUUAGGGCUACAUGGGGCAAUCUUUAAGGACUUUGGUUCAUAUUUUUCAGAAAUAAACGUUUCAUACCCAUCUUUUCAACAAGUCAUGCGGGUACCGUACGCAACAUUACCUUCUGGAUUUUCUUCUUUUACAAAACAAUUACCUCAUGCGAAGCUUGUAGCAUAUCUCGCUUUUUUAAAAAAGACGAGUGAUUCAAUCACGAGUAUUUUAGAAAACAUUGGACACGCUAAAAAAAGUAUAAGUGAAGCUGAACAGUGGUUUUGUGAAAUUCGAAAAUAUGAACACGUUCCAAAUGCAGUCCAAGCUUGUAUUUUAGGUGGCAUUAUUGCUGAAGAAAUUCAAAUGUCUAUGUCUAAAAAAGGCCGGGAGUUACAUAAUUUAUUUUUAUUUGACGGAAAUGUGCAUGAAGGCAUAAUUUUUAAUGUACAAAUUAAUCAAGACAAACUGUCUUCAUCAAAUCCUGUGGAUUUUCAGCAUUCCAACAUUGUUUUAUAAUAUGUUAUUUU